GACCCGCGCUUGCGCUGGCUCAGCUUCUUCCAAGGGACGCAGAAUCCAAGAGGACUUGGACAAAGAGCCGGAGCCCUCGAGGCCGGCGGUCCUCGCCCUGUUCGGACCGCAGGACCUCUUGGAAAAUGCCAGCUCUGGCUUUCCCCGGUUUCUCUGGGAAAACCCUAGAGCGAUUCUUCUGCUGCAAAGGCUGCAGCCAUCUAGGACGCUUGUGACGGCCGGUUUCCCAGCGGGAGUCUCUGGGUUUGUGCUGUGAAUCCGGGACCCCGAACCCCAUCUCAGCCGCACACACAGGGUCCCAAGCGAGACCCCCGCGGCCCCUCCCAGGGACCUUUUCUGGGCCUGGGCCCAUCGCGCUUAGAGGCGCACGUGAAGCCAGCACGACUCGGAUGGCACAAGGACUGGCACGCUCAAGGCUGCCAGGUGCUUGCGGGUGGCCCCCGCCAGACCGGACCGCUGUCAACGAGCUGCCAGAGCACGAGCCCCAGGAGUGACCCCCCAGCCCCGUUUCCAAGGCUGGGACCGUCCCCUCCAGCAGACGCCUUGCUCUGCAGCGGGGCCUGUCGGCUCGGGCCACGGCCAGCCUGCGGGUGCGGGUCUGUCCGGGCUACGGCCAGCAGCGCACACAGGCCCUCGUCUGCCAAGCCGCUGCCGCUCCCCUGGACCAGUUUGCUUUUCCAGUAAUACGAAACCAGAAGCACCUGCCACUCCCAGGCCCCCCCGCAAAGCCGGGCUGGGCAGCAGGGCGCGGACAGCUCCGGCAUCUAAAGGAGGGGCAGCGGGAGAGCCGGUUCCAGCCGCUCUGGGAAGGCACCGCAGCCGCCCCGGCCUCUGCCUACAUCCCCGCACGCUCGCUGUCCUGCCCAUGCCCCCAGUGCAGUGAGAUGGGGAGCAAGAGAUCCGGCUUCAGCACAUCAGCCGGGCCGAACGCCAGGGAAGAGCUGAGGGAGAGGCUGCUCUUGGCCCGGGACAGGCUGCAGCAGCACAUAGCAGCGCUCCAGGCAAUCGCCGACGCUGUGGACAAGGUUCACAAAGGAGCCACGAUAGCAAGCAUUACCGGAGGGGCGGUGGGGAUCGCCGGCGGGGGUACCACCCUACAAGAGAUCCUAAAGCAGUGCCAGGCUGAGCUGGGACUCAUCCAGGACUACGUGAAGACCAUCGGCAUCUGGGAACAAGAAGGAAGGCCUGCGGCUGCUGGUUGCAAAGACCUGAGGCUGCUGUUUGUAGUGUUGGGAGGAACCGGGCGGGCCACUAACAACGCUGUGCAGAUGGUCAAAGCCGGUGGGCUGCUGGCCAGAGCUGGGCGAGUGGUAAGGUUCGCAGGAGCCGCCCUGCACGCCAUGACCGCCGUCACCCUGGCGCUAGACAUCUUCUUCACUGUGAAGGAUGCUGUGGAGCUCCACAGAGGCGCCAGGACAGAGCUGGCGGCCAAGAUCCGGGAGGCAAUUGCUGGCCUGAAGCAGACGAUCGAUGAACUCGACAAGGUGCAGGAGCUGCUGGCUGCAGGGAGCGGGACGCCGAGCGCAGCAGGCCUGUAGCAGACCCGUCCUCAGCGGCUUUCCUCGGGAAGAGGCAGUUGUGCAGUGCUUCCCCAUGCGCUAUCCAGGCGCAAUCGUGGUUGUUACACUCAAGUGCAGAAUUAAAGCAAGGCCUUCAAUCAUCAAAUGUUAAUUAAUAGGAUAUUAAUAACGCAGGAGACCUAAAAUCAUCGAAUGAUAGAAAAUGAGGAUUGGAAGGGACCUCAAGAGGUCCCAUCUAGUCCAGCCCCCUGCUCCAAGCAGGACCAGCCCCAGCCCCAGCCCCAGCUACAUCAUCCCAGCCAAGGCGCUGUUGAGAGGGUCUUCAAAACCUCCAAGCAUGGAGACUCCCCCGUGAGGCUUUGGGUCUCCGAGUUAGCAGCGGCAUUUGAUGAUAGCCGGCGAGAACAGCGAGUGCCCAGGAGCAGAGGGUCCAGAGGGGCUGUCCCCUCACGGUGCUCGGCCGCCCCGGGGCCCAGACAUCUGCCCUCGCUCUCGGCCACGAGGCGCAGGCACGGCCCGCCAGGCAGCAAGGGGUUGUGACCCCUCUGA